CUUUAAAAGAGGGCGUGUCUCUCCGUCACUUUCCUGCUCGGCUAACGUUCUUAACUUCCUUCUACGUUCCUUGUGAACUGUUUGCGCGUCUCUUCUUCAGGACUCUACAGGACUCUGGGCGGUUUACCCUGCGUUUGUCUGACGUACUUGUUGAAGACCAGCGGAAUUCAUCUUGGAUUUUGAGAUUCGUCCGCCAUGGGGGACGUGAUUUCCAGUCACCUGGAUGAAGCCAAGCAGGAGAUGAUCUCAGCUCGGACCAGGGAGGUGAUGGGGAGGUUUGGACGUCUGUAUGAGCAGCAGUAUGCAGUGGCUCUUUUCAAUAAAGUUCGCUUUGACAUAGAAGGAGGAGGUGGCCCACAACCCCAGCUAAUGCACCGCAAGAUUCCUCUGGAGAACAAAUCCAUCUUCUCUGGCUCACUCUUUCAGUAUCUGGAGAACAAGAAAUGGAGGAACCGCUUCCUCUUCAUUCCAGAUUCCUACAACAUCAACUACUACGACAGCAAAGCGUCCCAUGACAGGCGCCUCCACCCUAAAGGAAGCAUCAGCUGUGCCGGCUACAAAGUGCUGACGUCUAUGGAGCAAUACCUGGAUCUGUUCAGCAACAUCCUACCUGGAAUGGAAGCUAAGGAGGGAAGUUCACCUUUCCUUAAGUGUGCCACCCAGUUCCCUCUGAUUCUCUGGCACCCUUACGCCCAUCACUACUACUUCUGUGUGGUGACGGAGAAGGAGCAGCAGAAGUGGCACGCUGUCCUCCAGGACUGUGUCAGACACGCCAACGACGGUUUGUCAGAGGAGAAUAAAGUUCAAACACCAGCCUUCACUGAUGCAGUACGAAUCUACCGCCAAGCUCAAGGGCACUUUGGCACCUGGGAGAUGAUGUGCGGCCAACCAUCUCAGAUCCUGUCUAACCUGGUGAUGGAGGGCCUCCUCCCUGAGCUGAGGGAGCUCAUCUCCCCUCGCCUCAAAGGCAAACUGCACGAGAGGCAGAGGAACUGGAUGCUGAUCAGUGAUGCGGUGUAUAGCCUGGUGCAGGGGCAAUGCCAGGCCCAGUAUGAGGCCGUUCUGCAAAAGUGUGAGGCAGCCUGCUGUUCUCUAGAGGCCUCCAUACGAACAGACGUGGACCAGAUCAUAACCUCCAAGGAGUACGUCACCAACAAGAUCAGAGAGGUGGUGCUCCCCAAGGCUGAGAAGCUGUUGAAGGUGAGCAUCCAGCCCUACAUCGGCUCCAUCCUGGAUGCCCUGAUGGAGCCGACCAGCCGAGGUUUCUCUGAGGUCCGCGAUGUGUUCUUUGGAGAGCUGGUGGACAUGAGCAAGAACACCCUCAAUGAGGGCACCAAGGAGACUGUGGCGCAGCACAUGGACAAGAUCUCAAUGCUGGCCUUCCAUCCGGUAAAGAUGCAGAGCUGCUAUGAGAAGGUGGAGCCGCUGAGUCUGGAGGGUCUCCAGCAGAGGUUUGACGUUUCCAGCCCCUCAGUUUUCGUCCAGAGGGCCCAGAUCCUCAUGAGACAGCAAAUGGACCAUGCUGUAUAUACAUUUGAGCAGAUCCUUCACCAGUGUCUGGAGUCUCAGGGUACAGAAGACCUCUGUAAGACCAUCCAGCGCUGCCAGGACCGCGUCAUUAAGAAAUAUGACUAUGACAGCAGCACAGUGAGAAAGCGUUUCUUCCGUGAGGCUCUGCUCCAGAUCUUCCUGCCCUACAUGCUGAAGCAGCUCAGCCCUUCCUGUGCCUCGGAGCUGCCGCGCUUCCAGGAACUGAUCUUUGAGGACUUCUCCCGGUUCAUUGUGGUGGAGAACAUCUUUGAAGACGUGGUGCUGCAUUCGAUCAUGAAGGACAUCAUGCUGGCUGUGAAGGAGGCGGCGGUCCAGAGGAGACACAACCUGUACAGGGACAGCAUCGUCCUCAGCAGCAGUGACCCCAGCCUGCACUUGCUUGGAGACAACCCCUCUAUAGACUGGGCCGGAGCAGGCGAGGACACGGAGGGGGAAGGUGGGGAGUCCCAGAAGAGGAGGAGGAGGAUGAAGCAGGUGGUGUCCAUGAUCCAGGUUGAAGGCUCCCCUGUCCUGCCCAAUGAGACGUAUAAGGAGGUGUCUGGUGUAAACGACAUCGCAGAGGAGGAGCAGAAUGAUGGAGAUGGGGAGGAGAACUCUGAUGGAAAAGCUUCUGUUGACAAGAAUGGAUCUGCAAGUCCGAAAGCUUUGGUGAACCCGUCAGGCUUGUCAAACGGUUGUCUCUUGAAGGAAGAAGAAGAAGCCAACAAGGAACAGGGUCAAACCAAAGUCCCAAUGAAGGCUGAAUCUGAUGCACAAAGUGCUUCAGCCGAAGAGGAGAAGGCUAAGGGAGGGGACAGCCAGUCGAUGAUGGAGGAACAGCCUCCCUCCAGCCAGGAGGUGUCGGAGAAGGUAUUUCCACCGCCAUCACCACCCGAGGAAAUCUCAUCUGGAGCUCCAGAAACUGCUCCAGAGAGCCUCCCGAAGGCGAAGGAGGAGGAUGUGAACCGAAGCACAGCAUCCCCUCAGCCCUGAGCGGUGCACCCUGAGGGCUGAGGGUGAACUGUAUUGCUGCAGUGCAGGAAAUGGAGAGAUUAAAAGACACUUAAUGCUGUUUUAACCGUAUCAGUUUUCAGUUCCACACUUUCAGGCACAUUAUUCACUCAGUAGAUGAUUCUUACCGAGCAGGGCUCAGGUGCUGUGCUCAUAUUGUCAUUUUCACAACUUUGUAUGUAACAGAAGAUCCUCAGCAAACUCUGAGCUUUCACUCCACACAAGUUUCACACUUUAUUUUCUCUUCACCUGGUAUAACAAACGUGAGCACAGACGUCACCGUCGGGUCCAGACCUUGAGUCUGUACUGGUGUGUUGAAAACAUGUCAUCUUUGGUGAAAUGCAUGGAAGUUCAUUCAGCUCUCGAGUAUCUUUAACUACUGACAUGCAUUCAAUAACUUUCAGCAAUUAGAUUAUUUUUUUUACAAUUGUUGGCGUAAAUACAUUUAUUGAAAGUUAUUAGUUAUUAGAAACUGCUUAACAGAUGAAUACUUCCCACAAUGAUUUUAUUUUUUCCAUCUUAAAGUUGCAAUAAACGUCGUCAGCCGUCUCGAUGUCCACGCUGACGUCUGCAGACUUUAUUAUUCUGUCGGUGGGAAUAAAACUAUUUUAAAAGAGUUUAAUCAUUUAAAAAAGUAAAAUUGUGUAUAAAUAAAUCUAUGCACCGGUGAACUACUGUCAUUUUACAUUUUACAUCAUUUA